AGUGUUAUCAAAGGCGAGCAAGGCGCCCAGGCGAGGCGCCAGGCGAGGCGAGGCGCCCCUCUGUCGCCUCGACUGGAACGCCUGGCUCGGCUUAGAGGAGGCGACGCCUCCGGCCGGAGAGGCGAGAGGCGACGCAGGCGAGAGGCGACGCCUCUUCACAGCAACGGUAAAGUGUGUUUUUUUUUUUUUUUUAAAAAAAAAAAAAUUAAAAAAUCGAUAAGUUUAUCUGCGUACCGUCAGCCAUUCCACCAGCAGACAGCCUUUUCUUCUCAACCUCACGAAGACGCUCCUCAACGGCUCAACCUCGACGACAACAGAUUAUAAAUGGGUGAUAAGAAUAAUACAUCUGGAUCUUCUGCUAGUAGUAGAAGAACGGACCCAGGAUGGGCACAUGUAAUUCAAGUUAGUGAAAACAAUACCAAUGAUCUUCAAUGCAUGUACUGUAUGAAAGUUUACAAAGGAGGAAUUAAUAGAAUCAAGCAACAUCUUGCUGGAGGUUACAAAAAUGUAAUUCGGUGUCCAAAAUGUCCAGAAGAUGUAAGGAAUCAAAUGCAGGAAUUCAUUGCUAAAAAAAGAGAGCAAAAAUCAAUUAUGAAUAUGGAAAGACCACCUGAAUUUGAUGAUGUUGAAGUACUGGGAUUAGAUGAAAAUGAGGAAGAGGAAGAGUUGAUGCAAGAAAUUGGCAGUGAAAGAAGAAGGCAAGUACUGGAAGUUACAGGUACUAGUGCUUUUAAAAAACCAAAAGUUUUACCACCACAAAGUAGUAGAGGGCCUAUUGACUGUUAUUUUUCCCCUAGACCUGCUGUUUUGGGAAAAAAUAUGAGGCAAACUACCAUUGAUGAAAAUAGUCCAGCUAAAAAGGAGUUAAGGGAGCGUGCUUGUGUUGCCAUAGCACGAUGGAUGUAUGAUGUUGGAAUAGCUUUUAAUGCUUUUAAUGCGCCUUAG